AUGUACGGUACAUGUCUCGGAGGUUGUACAUUGGGGUUCGCUGGUCAUUCCUGUGAACAAUAUGAACGAAUCAACAUGGCGCUUCACCAACCUACCUUUCAGCUUAAUCCUGUCUACACAAGUCGGAAUCUUGUUGAUGGUAAGAAAACCGACUUUUCUCUAGGAGGGAAUCAGUGUACCACUACAGCCGAAAACAAAGCAUUCGCCAUGUGGUGGGUGGAUCUGAAAAACACACGACGUAUUGAGCGUAUAAGAGUGUACUCAAGAAGGGACGACAAGCAAUGGGGUCUAAAGAACGAAUUUACAAGUCGGUUUCGCGGGUUUACAAUUGUUGUUUCCAACACAACUGAACAUAAGAACGGUGUAGUGUGUUACAAUGAUCGAGUUUACCUCAGUAACAUAGUACCUUCUGUGGUUGAUGUAUUCUGUUCUGCGAUUGGUCGAUACGUUAUCUAUUAUAAUGAGAGAUUUUCUGACCUGACGUACCCAUACGGCUACAGCAAAUUUGCAUUUGUUGAUCUCUGUGAAGUGGAAGUCUACGGUUGCCCUGUUCUUGAAUACGGAUUUGAAAACCCUAAGUGUACAGUUCCAUGUGCGGCUAUGUGCAAAAGCCGCCUGGAGAAUCUGAGUUACAAGAAGAACACUUGGCAGCAUACAACGCGUUCGACAGGUUAUAGCAGUAGAGCUGUGGAUGGACUUUAUACAGAUCGGUCCUAUAGUGGCAACCAAUGUGCGGCGACUGGAGAUUCAUAUUUUGCUCUAUGGUGGGUCGAUCUGGGACAUGUAUCUAGAAUAGACCACAUCGUCAUGUAUUUCAGAACAGAUAACGAACCAUGGGGCUACUCCAAUGGUUUAACAUCAUAUUUUCUUGGGUUUUCCUUGUACAUUUCGAACACUACCAAUCGACUUGAUGGUGUUCGCUGCUUCCACGACAAAACAUAUACAAAACAAACAAUUCCUGAUCACGUGUCAAUUGACUGUCCAUACGUCGGCCAAUAUGUAUUCUACUACAAUGAAAGGUUUCCUGGAAUAAAAUACCCCGAGGGUUAUUCUAAGUACGCGUAUGGUGAUCUGUGCGAAGUCGAGGUUUAUGGUUGUCCUAGUCCCGUAGCCGAGGUUCCCCAAUGUUCAGACCCUUGCCCAGUGGACUGUGAACAGUGUUAUCCGGGAACGGGGUGGUGCACCAAAUGCAAACCUGGUUUUGAAGGCGCUGCUUGUGAAAUAAUUUGCCACGCAAAGACGGAUGUUUACGUAUCACAGCCACUUACAUACGGUGGUUCAAAAUACGAUGCAAUGUUUUCGUCCACUGGGUUAUUCUUCCCAAAACCCAAAACACCAUACCCCUUUACACACAUCAUAUUGCAACUUUAUGGGAAGAAUUCGAACAUCGCAAAAGUUUCGCUUCAUGUGGAAAAGGCUUCAAACGUCACUGUUUCUUUAUAUGAUAGCAAACGAUCUUAUAUUAAAAGACGCAUGGAAUCCUCUCGCGAACUUCAGAGUUUUAACGUUAACAUAGUAAACAAUUUCAAUUCCUUUGUGACCUACAUAGAUAUUAUUGUGCAUACUUUUGAACCUUUCAUCAUUUCCAAUUUGAGACUUCCUCUGCGUGAAUGCGUCAAAAAUAUAAAAGAAAAGAUUCCAUGUAAUGAUCAGCCGCCCGAGUUUCUCAGACAAGCAAUGCAAGGGGGGAAAAUGUAA